AUGCCGUAUUUGUACAUCAUUGGUUGUGCCGUUGUAUUGAUGAUCAUGAUUGCAUUUCGUCUAUGCGUUCGUGUUAGAAACGUGUCUAGGUGAGUUAAAAUUCUCUCCCAAAGCUCCAAAAAACUUAACAUUACAGAGACUUGGUUUCUCCACCUGAAAGACGAAUCGAUUUUAACACUCUGAAUAAUCCUUAUCGCCGGGAAGACCAAUACGUUGACGAAAUUUUGAAGGAGAUUCGUACAUGGACUCACUAUUUAACGCAUGAAGAUGAUGUGGUUGUGAAUCGAGAAUUACAAGAUGUUCAAGAAGUUCACGGAACAUUGUCUGAAUUCACUGAAACUUCUCAACAUAGUUUAUGGUUUGCUAUGGACAAUCAAGGUAAUCGAGGAAAAUCAAGAAUUUCUGUUGAAACUAUCAGUAUCGAUAGUUCUCAUGAUGUUAAGGCUGGAGAAUGGAAUACUGAUGACAUUUUUAUAGUUGAAACUUCUGUUGCCCAAGGUGAGUUUCUAAAAAAGGUUUCUGCGAUUUUCAAAUGUCAAAGUUUUUUAUUUGAAUCUUAACCGAAAAAGUUGUUUUUGAAAUAAAAAAAGUAGAAUUCUUAUGAAAAUUCGGUAUGAUCUCCAUUUUUUCUUUCUCUAGAUUAUGAUUCUGCUGGCCAACCUCUUACUGAAAAUAAAGAUACUCAAGGUGUCUCUAUUCAAUAUUUUGCAGAUAAUCCUUCUACCAGUGCAGUCGUUCAAGAUCAAAACCAUGACGUCUGUUGUUCAGCAUCUGUCGCUUUUGACGAAACCCAUGAUACUGUUUUAUAA